AUGAAAGACCAGGAAGGCUGCAGCGCAGAGAGACUGAGAGCCCUAGUGGGGAGAGGCGGCUGGGACCUGUGCGUCGUGUGGGAAGUAUCCCAGGACAAGAGGUCGCCCUUUCAAAUGGCUUUUCCUCCCCUUCGCUUGCGUUACCUGAACCAAGGGGCUUUCUUUCUCUUGGCUUUCAGGUUUCUGGAACUGAAGGCCUGCUGCUGUGGCGGCGCCGACAGCGGCGGUGCCGAUCAGAGUGGCGGAGGAGACGAUGCUUCCCAAGUUGGGUUCACUUUCGCGGCGUGGGAGGAGUGCAGAGAUUCGAAGUUCCCGCUGCACCGGAGAACGAGGGCGUGCGCCGCCCUUGCGGAGCUCCCGCCUUCCAUUCCCUUAAAUUCAACUGCGUAACUCUCAGAGUCCUUAGUCCUACUUUUACGUCGUCGUCCUCCUCCUCCGGCCCUCUGCUUGCUGACAUCUCCAUCUCUCCCCGCCGUGGCCAGGUUUCACGCGCAGGCCUUCCUUUCAGGGAUCACCAGAUGGACGCACCCUUCGAAGCUUCUUUCAGGAACCAACGACUCCAAUGUAAGUCUUCGAUGCCUCACGCCUCUCUUUCACCACCCUGGAGACGACUGAUACACUUGUCGCUGGUGUUCCCUAGCAGGAAGCGGUGAGGACGACUAGGGUUUUAGUUCCUUUACCUGACGGCCUGGUGGAGCUGUUCGUCACCAGCCACGUGAAUUUCUGUCCCUAAAUCUGAAUGUCUUACGACCCAUUCUCUCCCAACCUUUUGAGCGAAGGUAGCAUAAAAAAAAUUAUUCAGGUGCCUGAGGACCAAGAAACGGUCGAUUUCGUAGCUGCCCAGUUCGCCAGGUCUCUUGAAGCGGCCGCAGUCGCUGGCGACGACCUGCAUGAUCCCCAUGCAUGGAUUCCCUUACAGAGUUCCCCCUUUGAUCAAGCUUCCCCAAGGUGGGACAUCCAUGGACAUCAGUCCCAUUUCGGGUCCUCCGCGCUGAGUCUCUUCGAGGGAUCCCGUGACGACGAUGUGCUGCUCCUCGAGGGCGCAUCGAUUCAGUCGGAGAAGCUGGCGGCGGUUCCCUUCGAUACGGUGGCCGGAAUCAAUCGCUCAACCUUGCCGGAGUCGACGGUGCCCAGGGAACUCGGCUUCGACGACAAGGAGCCUGUUAAACGAGACGGCCAGUGGCGGGCGGGAUUCGGCGGGGAGGGCAUUCAAGACCAAAUGGACGAGGGGGAGGAGGAACAGAAGAUUGGGAAGUCGGCGAGACAGCACUCUUGCAAGAAUCUUGUGGCGGAGAGGAAGAGGAGGGAGAAGCUGAAGGAUCGCCUCUACAUUCUCCGCGCUCUGGUCCCCAAGAUCUCCAAAGUCUGUAUCUACCCAGAUAUCUCACUCGAUGAUCCUCCCAUAGUCUCUACAGAAUACAAUCCUCACCUUUCUUUCCAUCGGGAAAGAUGGACAGGGCAUCAAUUCUUGGAGACGCGAUAGAAUUUGUGAAGGAUCUCCAGAACCAAGUGAAGAGGCUCCAGGAGCAGUUGGAGGAGACGAAUCCAGAGGAAGACGGAGGCGAGCAAGGCGGCGCCGGUGCCCUCUGCAACGGCGAUAACAGCGAUGAGAAUGGCUUGGUGCCCGAAGAAGCGGCUAAGCUCCACCAUACUGGGAACGGAGGUCGGGCCAUGGAGCUUGCAGGCUCCCAAAGUAGCCCUUGCGCCGAUGCCACGACGAAACCGAGGAACACCCCGAAGGAUUCUCGGCGAUCCUCGACCAACGAGAAGCAGGAGAAUCAGAUGGAGGUGCGAUCACAAACUCCACCCAUCGUGAAUCGGUUUUGAGUGGUUCUAAGAUCUAAAUGUACGGCAUAAACAGCUAUCUCCCCUCUCUCAUCUUCUCCAACUUGCCAGCCGCAAGUGGAAGUGAGCCAGGUCGGCUCUAACAGGUUCUUCCUAAAGGUCUUCUGCGAGCAUCGGCGAGGAGGGUUCGUACGGCUCAUGGAGGCCAUGACUUCUCUCGGCCUCGACAUCGUCAAUGUGAACGUGACCACCUCCGAGCCCCUGGUCCUCAACGUCUUCGAAGUAGAGGUGCGCCGUGUAGGUUCUACAAAUUGUGUAUGCUUUCAUCGACCUGAAUUCAUCACUUGUUCACACGGGAGUGCAGAAGAGAGACAGCGAGGUCGUGCGAGAGGACCAGGUGAGGAGCUCGCUGCUGAGGCUCACCAUGGCCUCCGAAGGCACGAGGUGGCCGGCGGAUCCUCCGCCGGGACCAGAUUCUCACCAGCAUCCUUAUCGUCGCCAUUACCAAAACCUCCAUCAGCGUGAUCGUGAGGGUGGGCAAUGA